ACACCAGAAGACACACUACGAACAAGGUUUCUUUUUUUUUAUUAAAUCCGACACACCGACAAUCGUCCUGCCGGAUCCUGUCUACCACAUUAUCACCUGCAUCAGUAGAGUCCCACCCCGAGGUCCUCGUACAAGAGCCACAGACUGGAAAAAAGCUUGGUUUGCUUACCGAGGCUCUGCCUAAACCGAAGCCUGAACUACGUAGGUCCAUCUAAUAUCAUACUUAUACACGCAUUUUUGUUGAAUACCAACUUACUAAAUUUAUAAGGAACGAACAGCAGCGAUGUUUAGGCUCCCAGUUCUUGCCAAGCUCAUACCAAAGCCGCUUAAUGCCUACCAGAGGUAUUUCCGACAGGGUCACCCGGCGGCAGGUAAAAAGAUUCCCGCAGCUAAAAAAAUUCCAGCUGCUGGACCGGUGAGCUUGAACUCUUAAUGGCCUGCAAACAAUUCUAACUGUGAUAAUGCUUUGCAGAGUCAGCCGCCAGUGGAUCCCGGGCGCAGGACCUCAUACUCGAAUCUUUCACACACACAGACAGAGAAACGAUUAGGUUUCCUUCUAACAACGUUCGACUGGGAUGCUAUUCCAGUUAGUCAGAUGUUAGUCACUGCUGACCAGGAAGCCAAAAUCCAAGGCCUCACGGAAGAAGAAGUCCAAGAAGUAAAAGAGAAAGUGUACGAACGGAUUGCAGAUUGUUUAGAAGGAGAGGGCUAUCCAAGCACUAUGAAUGAGCACUAUAAAGAAGCCAACGUUAACGACCUCGUGUUCACAAUGCUUAUCCCGGUAAUUGCUAUGUAUAAAAGAAAAACUGGACGAAAUCUACUCUUGAUCAGGGAAAAAGCAAUCAUAGCCAAGGACGGGAAAACAAGCGGGUAUCAAGAGUUUGUGAUGAUUGAUAGGAUUGGCGUUGGCAAUGAGAAAUAUGUGUUCGUCGUCGAGGCAAAAAAGUCAAACCUAGGCGAAGCAAAAAAACAAUGUCUUCUCGCGAUGAA